CGCUUUUGUACUUGUCAAAGAAAAGAUGGCGACUUCCACGCAGAAUGCAAAACGACCCCUCGUCGAUGCAAGCUAUGAUGACGAUAGUGAUGAUGAUUACGUUCCAUCUAAGAUUCCAAAGCAACCAAAAGAAGACAAGAGCAGAAGUUGCCCCUAUCUGGACACCAUUAACAGGAGCUUGUUGGAUUUUGAUUUUGAGAAGCUCUGUUCAGUCUCCUUGUCUCAUUUGAAUGUUUAUGCUUGUCUCGUUUGUGGAAAAUACUUCCAAGGUCGGGGUCAGAAGUCUCAUGCAUAUACACAUAGUGUAUACAUCAACCAUCAUGUGUUUCUUAACCUGCAUACGCUAAAGUUCUACUGCUUACCUGACAACUAUGAGAUUAUCGACUCCUCAUUGGAAGAUAUUACUUAUGUCCUGAAGCCUACCUUCACCAAGAAACAGAUCAGACUACUAGACAAGGACCAGAAGGCCUGCAGAGCUUAUGAUACCACCAUGUACACGGCCGGUAUCGUCGGACUCAACAACAUCAAGGAGAACGACUACUGCAAUGUUCUCUUACAUGCUUUAUCUAAUGUUGUGCCAAUGAGGAAUUAUUUCUUACGAGAAGAAAACUACAGCGAUAUCAAGCUACCGCCUGGUAAUAUCAUGAGCAUCUUAUCUCAAAGGUUUGGAGAGCUAAUGCGUAAGAUGUGGAAUCAGCGAAACUUCAAAGCCCAUGUCAGUCCACAUGAGAUGUUACAAGCCAUUGUACUAUGCAGCAAGAAAAGAUUCCAAAUCACAGAACAAGGUGAUCCUGUGGAAGUGCUCUCUUGGUUUAUCAACGCUCUUCAUGCCUCACUGGCCGGCACCAAGAAACCAAACAGCAGUAUCGUCUACAAGACAUUCCAGGGAAGGAUGAAGAUCUUCACCAGGAAGGUGCUUCCUGCUGAUAUCUCUGAUGAGGAGAGGACCAAGCUUCUCAAGACAGAAGAAUAUAAAGAGACAGAGCAAGACCAGCCGUUCCUUUUCCUAUCGCUUGACAUCCCUCCUGCUCCGCUGUUCAAGGAUGAAUUAGAACAGAACAUCAUUCCUCAGGUUCCUCUCGCAACACUCCUAGCUAAGUUUGAUGGACAGACUGAGAAGGAGUACAAGACAUACAAAGAAUCCUUCAUUAAACGUUACCAGCUAACUAAGCUUCCACCGUACCUCAUCCUAUGCAUGAAGCGUUUCACCAAGAAUACAUUCUUUGUGGAGAAAAACCCAACAAUUGUCAACUUUCCUGUAAAGAACAUUGAUCUUGCAGAAAUGCUACCGGAUGACCCGGAAGUACUAGCAGCCCACAAGUACACGACCUAUGACCUGAUAGCCAACAUCGUCCAUCAAGGUGAACCAGGCAGGGGCAAGGGGACGUUUAAAGUCCAUGUACUACAUCGGCCUACAGGGAAGUGGUUUGAAAUUCAAGACCUUCACGUAGCAGAUAUUCUCCCGCAGUUGAUCACACUCUCAGAGGCUUACAUACAAAUAUGGGAACUCAGGAAAGACAAACCCAGAGAGGCAGUGGUCAAAGCAACACCGACGGUCAAAAAGUUAUGACACUGGUCAAGUCUCUCUCAUUGUCUUUUGUAAAUGUAAUAUACUUUUGUAAUUUGUUGUACAUAUUCACCAACUGUCUGCAUCCUGGAUGUCCAUUCAUGUGCCUUGUAUCCACUUUAACAGGUUUCAAAUGCUAAUAGGAAAUUUAAGAUAUUUCAUGGAAAGGGCAAAUCUUCUAUGACAUUGUGGCUUACCUAAUACUUAAAACAGACAAACAUAAUCAAAGACGUUUUUUCAAUCCAUUAUUUUUUUUCAUACCAUAGUUGGCAACUUUAUUUGAGUUACUCAUAUGUUCAUAAAAAAUGGCAAGUACAAAACAAAAGAAAGGCAAGUACAGGCUAUUACAUAAUGUACAUCUAUGUUACUGCUAAUUUCAGCCAAUUCUGAAUUUUAUUUUCAGGCUUAUUUGUCCAUGCAAAGCUUGUUAUAAAUAUCUCAAGAACUCUCCAAAAUUAACAAGGUGAUGAAAUCAAACUGAAUUUCAAGUAUUUUAUGAAAGUUUUUGUUGUUCAUGCAAUAGGAGGGACAUAAAAGAAUGUGGGAGUAUUUCAUGAGGACUUAUGUCAAUGAAUAUUUGCAGUUGUACCCAUUUGGAUUUGCCAUCUUUUCUGAUUAGUGUUGCAACAUCAAGAGCUACUAAAUAGCAAGUUCACAAACAUUUGAAGCAUAUUUUGCUUUGUCGCUCUAUUUUGUAAAAGGGUCAUGUGGUAAUGUUGCAAGCAUUGGCAAAUCAAAAAGAAUUUCAGUGACACUGUCUUAGAACCGUUUGAAAGGCAUACAGCCAAUUUGAAAACAAUUGCAAGUGUUUGCAAAAAAAUGUGAUUUGGAAAGAAAAACAUGUUUGCAACUCUUUGAAACCUGGAAAAAUACCAAACUUGCUAUGUUUGCCACCAUUCUCCACUGAUUGAGAUGCCCCCUAAAACCCUUAUAAACCUAGCAAGGUACACCAAGAAA